CCCGCGUCUUCGGACCACGCCCCCCUCAGUUCAGCCACUGUCCAUCCAGGAAAAACAGAGCUGUCAGCCUGCAAACUGUCCUCCUGUUGCUGUGACUGACCGAACACACAAUUGACAGGAGGCCAGGAAUCAGUUAAGUUUGAAGAGAUCUUCUCAAGAUGUUGCCUCAACACCUGAAGCAGAUCCGAGUCCUUAUGCUGAAUGACAAGGAGAAUUUAGAGAGGACUCUGUUCAGACUUGAACAAGGUAAAUCUUCCUUUCUGAUUCUAUUAUGUGUUUUUCUUCUCUUUACAGCUGCCAACAGUGUGUGGAUCAAAAAACACCCAGAGUGCGGUUACAACCUGGUGAACUCUCCCCACCUGCGACCAGCCUGGGUCUUAGACAGAGCUAUCUGGCAUUUAACCACCAGAGUAGCACAGGGACGCUACAAAGAUAAAGGACUUCCUGCUGACAUUACCAAUGAGAGCCAUCUGAACGCCAUCCGUAGUGUGCUGUGGCAGGACGUGUAUCCUCAGGUCAAACUGUGGGAGUUCUUUCAGGUCAAAGUGGACACCGCUGUGGAGCAGUUCAGGACUCUACUACAGAAUGGCACUAAGCCAAACCACAGUAAGACUGGAGGGUCGAAGGGCCUGAAGAUCAUUCAGGACCCAAAUUACCGUCGUUACAGCAACACAGUGGACAUGGACUCUGCUCUGGAGACAUUUGUACCUCACAGCUCCUCCCUGCAGCACAUCGAGGAGUGCUGUGGUUGGCUGAGACAGAAGCUGAACGAGCUGAAUGAUGAACAGUACCACAUCAUGCACCAGCAUCAGGAGCAGGCUGCCAACUGCAUUGUGGGAAAUGUAGUGUAUGAGCGUCUGGCAGACCAUGGCCCCAAACUUGGUCCCGUUAACCAGAAGAACCCUCUGGUUACCAGGUAUUUCACCUUCCCAUACCAAGACAUGACUCUGGAGCAGGAGCUGCAGCUGCUGGACCAGCCAGACAAGACGUGUCACUUCCUGGCUCACAACGGUUGGGUGAUGGGUGACGAUCCACUGCGCAACUUCGCUGAACCAGGCUCCAAUGUGUACGUGCGUCGGGAGCUGGUAUGCUGGGGUGACAGUGUCAAACUCCGCUAUGGCAAGGGCCCUGAAGACUGCCCGUACCUGUGGGCCCACAUGCAGGAAUACACUGAAACCACAGCCAAAUAUUUCCAUGGAGUCAGACUGGACAACUGCCACUCUACACCACUACAUGUGGCUGAGGCCAUGUUAGAUGCAGCGCGGUUGGUCAGACCCAAUCUGUAUGUGAUAGCUGAACUGUUUACAGGCAGCGAGCUCAUUGACAAUGUGUUUGUUAACCGGCUGGGAAUUAGCAGCCUCAUACGAGAGGCCAUGUCAGCUGGCGACAGCCACGAAGAAGGCAGAUUGGUGUACCGUUAUGGAGGUGAGCCGGUUGGAGCUCUUGUUCAGCCCAGUCUCCGCCCACUGAUGCCCUCCAUCGCCCAUGCCAUGUUCCUUGAUGUAACCCAUGACAACGAGUGUCCCAUACAGCUGCGUUCAGCACUGGACUCCCUCCCCAGCUCUGCUAUGGUCUCUAUGGCCUGCUGCGCUACUGGAUCCACCAGAGGAUAUGAUGAAUUAGUGCCACAUCAGAUCUCUGUGGUGAAGGAGGAGCGUUUUUACCCCAAGUGGAACCCUUCAGCACCCCCAACCUCCACAGGUGAGGUUGGAUUCCAGUCUGGCAUCAUAGCUGGCAAACUGGCACUCAACACCCUGCACCAGGAACUGGCUGCCCAGGGAUUCAUACAGGUGUAUGUCGACCAGGUUGAUGCAGAUAUUGUUGCAAUUACUCGUCACUGUCCAAGCACGCACCAGUCUGUGGUGUCAGUGUGCAGGACAGCCUUCUGGAACCCCAAAACCCACCAGUACAACACCAACGUCCCACCCAUGUUCAUACCUGGGAGGAUAGAGGAAGUGGUACUGGAGGCAAGAACAGUGGAAAGACAUGCUGGGAGUUACAAGAAGGAUGACAACUACAUCAACGGCAUGCCAGAAUACACUGUGGAAAUAAAAGAGCAUAUACCGUUACAGGAGAGUACAGUGGUGAAGCAAGCCGAAGUGACUUCUAAAGGCCGGUCAGAGUUUGUGCAGGAAAUCACCUUUCAGAAGCUGACACCUGGCAGCGUCAUUGCCUUCAGGGUUAGUCUGGACCCCAAGGCCCAAAAGCUGGUGGGGGUGCUGAGGUACUAUCUGUCCCAGUUCAGCCCCAAAUACAGGAGAGGCAGUGUAGAAGAUGAAAACCCACCAGAAGCACUGCAGAUGCCCCUGGCACAGCUGAUGUCUAAGCUGACAUUAGCAGACAUGAAUGUCUUGCUUUUUCGCUGCGACUCAGAAGAACAAGAAGAUGGUGGAGGCUGUUACAGUAUCCCAGGAUGGGAGAGCUUCAAAUAUGCUGGACUACAAGGUCUGAUGUCAGUGUUGGCUGAUAUCCGUCCCAACAAUGACCUGGGCCAUCCUGUUUGCGCUAACCUCAGACAAGGGGACUGGCUGAUAGACUAUGUCUCCAACAGACUGAUACACAAAGAUGGACCGCUGGCACAGGUGGGUCAGUGGUUGACUGCCAUGUUCACCUUCUUGAAACACAUCCCUCGCUACCUCAUCCCCUGUUAUUUUGAUGCCAUCCUGGUGUCCACCUACACCACAGCCCUGGACGCAACCAACAAACUCAUGUCGAGUUUCAUCCAGAAUGGCUCCAGCUUUGUCCGUCACCUGGCGCUGGGUUCAGUCCAGAUGUGCGGCGUUGGACGCUUCCCUGCCCUCCCUCCACUUUCUACGAAGAUCGAGGACGUUCCCUACCGCAUCAGUUCAAUCACAGGCCAGAAGGAGCAGUGCUGUGUCUCAUUGGCUGCAGAGCCUAGCAACAGAGACUUAAUGCUGUCUCUGGAUAUGCUGAACCUAAUAUGAAUAUCUCAUGGUCUGCAUAGUAACAUCAUUCUGGCCUUCGCUGGGACGCUGCGUCACGGUUUGAUCCCCAACCUGCUGGGCGAGGGUCGCUGUGCUAGGUACAACUGUCGUGAUGCUGUGUGGUGGUGGCUGCAGUGCAUCCAGGACUACGCUACCCACGUUCCUAAAGGGCAUGAAAUCCUUCGCUUCCCUGUCACACGCAUGUACCCUACUGAUGACUGUGAACCCUGCAAACCUGGAGAGGUGGAGGUGCCUCUGUAUGAUGUGAUCCAGGAGGCUCUGCAGCGCCACCUGGAGGGAAUUUCCUUCAGAGAGAGAAAUGCUGGUUCCAAGAUAGACAUGAACAUGAGAGAUGAAGGGUUCAACGUGGUUGCUAAGGUGAAUCCAGCCACAGGUUUUGUGAUGGGAGGAAACCGCUUUAACUGUGGCACGUGGAUGGACAAAAUGGGAGAGAGCGAGAGAGCGAGGAACAAAGGCAUGCCUGCUACUCCAAGAGAUGGAGCAGCAGUGGAGAUAGUUGGUCUCAGUAAGUCAGCUGUGCGCUGGGUGGUGGAGCUCCACGCCAAAGGACUGUUCCCUUAUGAUGGAGCUAAAGUACACAGAGAUGGUCAGGAAGUGUUUAUCUCCUACUCCCAGUGGAACCAGCAGCUCCAGCAGUCCUUUGAAGCUGGUUUCUGGGUGUCUGGGGCCCCAAAUGACCCCAAUGAGAAGCACCCGGAUCUGGUGCAUAAAAAAGGCAUCUAUAAGGACAGCUACGGAGCCUCCAGCCCUUGGUGUGACUACCAGCUGAGACCCAACUUCGCUAUUGCCAUGGUGGUGGCUCCAGAGCUGUUUACAGUGGAGAGAGCCUGGGAGGCUCUGGAGGUGGCUGAGAAGAAACUACUGGGACCACUGGGAAUGAAGACACUUGACCCUGAUGACAUGGUGUACUGCGGUGUCUAUGACAACGCUCUGGACAAUGACAACUACAACCUGGCAAAAGGCUUCAACUACCAUCAAGGACCAGUGAGUGAAACAACAAGCAGCCAUAUAUCUUCAGCCUUCAUAUACAUACAUAUAUAACAGCUAUUACAUAUA